AUGGGCCCAGUCAUGGGCCUGGUGCUCUGUCUCUCCUGUUUGCUUCUCCUUUCAUUGUGGAAACAGAGCUCUGGAAAAGGGAAACUUCCACCGGGCCCCACACCUCUGCCAAUUAUUGGAAAUAUGCUACAGUUGGAUGCAAAGAACAUUAGUCAAUCCUUAAGGCAUCUCUCCAAAGUCUACAGCCAGGUGUUCACUGUGUACUUUGGCAGGAGGCCCACUGUGGUGCUGCAUGGAUAUGAGGCAGUGAAGGAUGCCCUGAUUGAUCGGGAGGAGGAGUUCUCUGGCAGAGGAAGUGUCCCAGUGGUUGAAAAAGCUAAUAAAGGACAAGGUAGAGUCGUUUUCAGCACUGGAAAUGGAUGGAAAGAGAUGCGGCGCUUCUCCCUCAUAACCCCGCAGAAUUUGGGGAUGGUCAAGAGGAGUAUUGAGGACCAUGUUCAAGAGGAAGCCAGGAAAACCAAUGGUGGGUGA